GAAGGGAAACUCACAAUGACUGGCCAUAAGUGGGGUUAUGGUGAAGAGGAUGGUCCAUCUGCAUGGCACAAAUCAUACCCCAUCGCUCAAGGUGCCCGCCAGUCCCCAAUUAACAUCGUACCUGAAGAGGCAGUUUAUGACCGCCGCCUGCCGGGCAUCUCACUCAGCUAUGACAACUGUACUUCUCUUACCAUCGCCAACAACGGGCACUCUGUGGUGGUGGAGUUUGAGGAUAUGGAUGAUAGAUCAGUGAUCCAAGGAGGUCCACUUGAAAAUGCGUACCGGCUCAAACAGUUUCACUUCCACUGGGGAGGAAAAGACUGUGAUGGCUCUGAACACACUGUCAGUGGGAAGACCUACGUGUCUGAGCUACAUCUGGUGCAUUGGAAUGCUGUGCGCCAUCGCACGUUUGGUGAAGCCGCUGCAGCUCCUGAUGGCUUGGCUGUGCUGGGCAUCUUUUUGGAGAAAGGAGAUGGACACAGAGAUCUACAUACUAUAACUGAUGCCUUGUAUAUGGUCAAAUUCAAGGGAAACGUCGCAAAUUUCAAAGGUUUCAACCCAAAAUGCCUCCUACCUUCUAGUCUAAGGUUUUGGACCUACCCUGGCUCUUUGACCACUCCUCCACUGUAUGAAAGUGUCGUAUGGAUCGUUCUGGCUGAUCCUAUUACCGUCUCGGAGAAGCAGAUGGGGAAGUUCAGGAUGUUGCUCUUUAACACUGAAGAGGAGGAGCAGAGGAAACGCAUGGAGAACAACAUUCGCCCUCCACAGCCGCUGAAGGGAAGGACAGUCCGUGCCUCCUUUCAGUAGCCAGCCAGUCACCAUACUGACACUGAAAUGUUUUGGCGUCCUAUUUCUGCAACUCUGAAGUCUAGACACUGUUUGUUUUUAUUUAAUUGAA